UCCAACAACAAGUGAACAACAGUAACAUAUUUCCCCCAAAAUAUCUCAUGUAUUAAGUGUAAAAUGCAGAAUGAUUUUAUAUAGUUUAAAAACGCCGUUUGGCAAGGUAAUCAAAAAUCACAAGUCCUGUGUUUUAUGCUUAAAAACUCUUGCAAGCGAUCAUAGUUAUCGUGUUUUGACACAGCCAUAACAAACAGAACAUACAGACAGAUCUAAACGCGUAAAGCUUUAUGUGUCCACAACGAUGCUGAGUUUUCUCUAUGCCAGGCAGUCGGGCCUUGACGACCCUGUUCGUCUGAGACGUGCAGAGUCUACACGAAGGGUGCUGAGUCUGGAGUUGAACUACGACAGGGAUGUUGACCGUAUCCAUGCCAACGGUAUUAACACCCUUGACAUUGAAGUUGUUGAAGGAAGAUAUAUGUUGUCAGGUGGAUCUGAUGGAGUAAUUGUGGUCUAUGACCUGGAAAACAGCAGCAGGAAGCCUCAUUACACUUGCAAAGCAGUCUGCACUGUAGGCAGGUCCAGUCGGUACGUUCAUAAAUUCAGUGUAGAAACAGUGCAGUGGUACCCACAUGACACUGGAAUGUUCAUAUCCAGCUCAUUUGACAAAACCAUGAAAGUGUGGGACACAGAAACUCUAAAGCCAGCUGAGGAGUUCCAGUUUGAUGGGAAUGUCUACUGCCAUCACAUGUCUACCAUAGCCAGAAAGCACAGUCUUGUGGCAGUUGGUACUAAAGACCCUAAAGUGCAGCUUUGUGAUCUGAAGUCUGGGUCUCGCAUCCACAUCCUGCAGGGUCACAGGGGUGAGAUCCUUUCAGUGAGAUGGUCUCCACGAUACGAGCACAUUCUGGCCACUGCCAGCACUGACAGCAGGGUUCGUGUCUGGGAUGUUAGAAGGGCUUCAGGGAGUCUUUUCACUUUGGACCAGCACAAUGGAGACAAAUCCAAAGCCUCAUCCGAAGCAGUGAACACAGCCCAUAACGGGCGAGCAAAUGGAUUGUGCUUCACAGACGACGGACUUUAUCUCCUUACAACGGGGACGGAUGAUCGCAUGCGUCUCUGGAAUAGUGCCACGGGAGAAAACACGCUAGUAAACUAUGGAAAGGUUGUAAACGAGAGCCGGAAGGGCCUCAAGUUUGCCGUAUCUAGGGGCUGCAGCCCAGAGUUUGUUUUUGUGCCAUGCGGGAGCUCGGUGGCAGUGUACGGGCUUCACUCGGGAGAGCAGAUCACUAUGCUUAGAGGACAUUAUAAUAAUGUAGACUGCUGUGAGUUUCACUCAGAUUACCAGGAGCUGUACAGUGGAGGUAAAGACUGUAACAUCCUGGCCUGGGUCCCGGUGCUAAGACAGCCUGACAUUGAGGAUGAAGGAGCCAACUCUACAAAGGGUGGAACACAAACUGCUGUUAAUCCUGCUUUUGAAGAUGCCUGGAGCAGUGAAGAAGACUAAAAGUCCCACAUUUCGUUAUUGAUGAAGACCCACAUGAACCAUUCCUUCAGUGCCUUCACUACAGUUGUAUAUUGCAUCAAUAAAUGCGUUUGUUUACAUUUAUUCAUUUAGCAGAAAUGGGCAGAAAAAAAUCAAACAUAGCUGGUCCUCGUCUUUAAAUAUGAACGUUUUCAUUACUUUGUGCACCAGUGGCAGCUCGUUGCACUCUGCACCUGCCGAUGUGUUUAUUCAGACCUUUGGGUUUUUAUAUUUACAUUACAGGUGUCUUGAGGUUUGACUACAGAAUUUGCAUUUCGCCUUGAGGUGGACUGCAAGUCUAUCACUUAAAGACAAUUUGUGUCAUGAUGUUUAUACUGAGUAGAAAUGUAUGUAUGUUUGUUUAUCAUGUACAUAAAUGGUGCCAAACAUUCUGAAUGAAAAUCUUUUUAAUGAAUAAAAAAAGUGAAAAAAGUAUGAAUAGGGAAAACAUGUAAACUGACACAUGUUUCGUAUU